UAGGCACCGUCCUUAAGUGCUGGGCACCUAGGAUUUCAUGGUUAGGAACCUUUGGGCUCCUCAUAAUUUUCCUUACACCACAGCCUUGUUGUGCAUUCCUACAUGUAAUUCAUUAGAGUACUCUUUUUAUACCUUCAGUACAUGUAAAUAGUAAUUUGAACAAAGCCAAACCAUUAUAUACUGUAUAUCAGUUCCAAACAAUGACAAUACAUGUAGCAUGCCUCUCAAGUUUUGACUUUCCAAAUGAUGCCCAUGAUAGUGUCCCUUUCACGUGGAAGUUGUUGCAUGGCCAAGAGAUUUACACAUAGCUGCUGGUCUUGUAAUCAGUCCUGCUUCAGAGGUCAGAUUCUGUAUGUCAACAAAUUCAGAUUUCUGCAGGAUUUGUAAUGACUUUAUUUAGGCCCAAAGCUUGUGAAGUGUACUUUCUUGGUGAUGUUUUGUAGAUAACCUGGCCAUCCCCUUGCCAGUUGGGUCCUAAAACCAUGCACAUGUACAUGUAUUGUUUAUUGUGUAUUGACUGACAUGCCACCCAAAUGUACGUAGCAUAAGAGCUUCAUGCAUGACUGCCUAUUAUAACAGGCGUACUCCUUCUCUUUUUUCAAUUUUUUCUUGUGUUACAAAUAUGUACUGUCAUAUUUUCAGAUAUCAAUUUUAUCUCCUGUCACACUUCCCUGACUGCUUGUGGUCACCAGUUCUGCAACAGUUGCUGGAGAGCUCACCUGAAGACCCUGAUUGGAAAUGGCUAUACUGAGUUGCAGUGUCCUGGACAUCAAUGCAGCACAACAGUUGACCUUAUCACCUUGAUGUCCCUUGUGCCAUCAUUGUAUGGAAGACAUCUGGCGAAGAGGCUUGAUACAUUCCUGGAGAUGGACCCAGAGUGGAAGUGGUGUCCUGCAGACCAGUGCAAGUUGGUUGUCAAGGCUUCUUCAUCACGGGUCACCUCAGGGAGGCAUCUCGCUUCUCUUGGUGCUGUCCAGCCGGUCCCAGUGGUAUGUGUCUGUGGUACCAUGUGGUGCUUCAAGUGCCAGGAAGAUGCCCACUGGCCUGCAACAUGUGAUGAGGCUCGCAUCUUUAGACAGAGAUAUGAAGGGUAUGCGAAAACGAUUAUAAACAGCCAAAGUAAUUCUUUGAUCACAACUGUAAAUGUCAAGAAUUGUCCAUUUUGCCACUACCCAAUAGAAAAAGGUCCUGGCUGUAACCACAUGGUUUGUGGUUUGUGCAGUCAGGAAUUCUGUUGGUGGUGCUUGCAAAAGUGGAAUUGGGAUCAUGUUUGUCAAGCCAAACACCAGGUGACGAAAAGAGAGGUGGAGCUACCAGUGGACACAAAACACUUAACAUCCUAUGAAUACUUUGCUGUAACAAGCCGAAUUGCCAGAUCAACAGCCCUGAUAAAUAAGGUGCACAAGAAACUGGACAGACUUGAACAAUCAAUAAAGAUUUAUGGGACAUUGCCACCUAAAGUAAAAGAGGAAAAACGAUGGAGUGGUUGUGCUAAAAGGCGAAUGAAUUACUUCACUGAGAACAACAGAGUCCAGGAUUUGAGAGAAGUGUUCAGUUUUAAAUUUCAGGCACUUCUUGCCUUGGAGGGUUUGGCAAUUGUGUUGAGUUUCAUGAGAGAUUCUCCCGAUAAACGACUGGUGUGUGAAUUUGAUAGGCUGUUCUUCAUUGUAGAGAGAUUGAGUGAAACACUGCAGGACUUGAACACAUGUGUCCACCAAGGAACAUUAGAAAAACUGAAAUAUUUCGUAGCAUGUGGCAAGGAAUGCCUGUUUAUUAUUGAUAGGAAAAGAAAACAAUUUCCAAAGUGCCAUUGACUGAACUUACAAAGAAACUCUGAUAUUCAUUUUGUUAACUGUUCAUUUUACAUUCAACUCAUUAUGCAUCUUGUCACUAAAUACUAAGACUAUUGUAGGAUUUUCUUUCUUUGUUUAAAUUAAUUAUGACAUGUAAAUACUGUACAAAUUAUAGAAUAUUUUUUGAAUAAUAGUGUUGCAUCAUUUUAA